AUGUGGUCACUUCUAGUCUGUUCGACACUCGUAGCACUCAUUUUCGCCGCCCCGCCAAUCGUGCCGCAUGCGGCUGCCAAUGGUGAAUGUGUGGAUGGUGUCAACAACGUCGUCGACAUGGACAAUGUUGGCGACCCAAGUGCGCUUUUCAUUCGUGUAAAAGACGUCGUCGCUCGAACUUACGACAACAGUGGCAAUCCGUCCUGCCACGAAGGUACGAUAACCGUUACCAAAUCAUUUGAUCUGAAGAAAUCUGGUGACAUAAGUCUGACAUUGACAAAGGACUCGUUCAUUAUCGGCACUGUUUGUAAGAACGGAGUCUCUGAAUCCGAGCUGAUCCCAUCAACAGACUGCCACCAUGCCGUGUAUCCAGAGCUUGGUGAAGCGUUCGUGGAUAUGAUUAGCACACCUGGGACUUAUGAUCUGGAGGAGGUAGAGAAGACAACUGGCAAAAGCAAUGUCGUGAAACUACCAGCCGCCCAGGGUGCCUUGGCCUUUAUCAUUAAGGGUGACUGGAAAACGCAAAUCGCUCUCGUUUGUGAUAGUCAGCAGGUCGCAGACAUUAAAAUACCAUCGAACACUGACUGGCUCUAUAUCAACUAA